GCUGUGGCGAAUUCAAAGUACACUAUUGCAUGGCAAUCUCAAGGUCAGUACAGCACCGAAAGCUUGCCAUGUUGCUUCCUUUGUGUUGUCAAGAGCGCCGCCUACGAACCGAUCAAUACUUCGGGAGUUCCUCUCUACAAGAUAGAGCUGAGCUCUCUUACCGCAUGCUCAUCGCUGUGAGUACGUGUGUGUCUCUUGGAGCGCUCGGGCAACAUGCUACAGUUCGGCCAAAGAAGAUGAACCAGUGAAGAUUGUGUAGAUAUGGUUCGCGUAAUGCGAAGGCUCUGGAGUUCAAAUGACAAAAUUAUAAAAGAGCAGCGGUUGCAACGCGCCGAAGUGUGACUUGAAUCUUUCAAGCAAGUUGCGAUCUGGACGACAAUUAUGAAAGAGCUUCGCUGCUCGCAGCUCGACAGUGAAGAAUCGGAGCAUGAGGCGUUGAAGAGAGCGGCCCUGCGAGUGCCAUACAAGGCUCGCAGAUCCUGCUGUCGUGUAGUUCGAAACUUACAUCGUAACCUGUCCCACACGACAGGCUGACAACUGCCGAAUGGAGAAGUGGGGAAGCUCCGAUAUAUCGGCUCUGAUCUGUACUUGCAGAAUUUCCGAAAUAUAUGGAAAUUUCAGGACAAGUGAGGCCAGGCCAGUUCCAAGGACAAAAUCCUUAAGAAAUCAUGGAAAAUAGCACCAAACCUCAGCUGCCAUCCGGGACUUAUGGCUUCAUUGGUCUCGGAAACAUGGGCUACGGUAUGGCCAUGAACGUUCGCAAGAAGAUGCCAUCAGGAUCAAUCCUAGUCGUUUGUGAAUUGGAUCAGGCUCGAAAGGAAGACUUCUGCUCCGAAGCUAGGCAAUACGGAAAAGUUGAGAUUGCUGAUACUCCCAAAGAGGUUGCCGAAAGAUGUGACACAAUCAUAACCUCCCUUCCACACGGCCCAGCCGUCUCCAAAGUCUUCACAGACCCCACGACAGGUCUCGUCGCAGCGUCGAAACCUUCAGCUAGCAAGCUCUUCCUCGAGACGUCAACGAUCGAAGUCAGCACAUCCUUACAAGUCCUCAAAGCCGUCGAGUCCUCUGGCCUAGGUGUCUUCCUCGACGCUCCUGUUUCAGGCGGAAUCCCACCCGCUGCCAACGGCACUCUCACAUUCAUGGUCGGCGGACCAAAAUCCCUCUUCGACCAAGCCAGCCCCGUCAUGUCGCUAAUGGGCACGAAACUUUUCCAUUGCGGCAAAGCUGGAGCGGGAUUGGCGACCAAGCAGAUUAACAAUUACGUCGCGUAUUGUAGUUACAUCGCACUCUGUGAGGGCAUGAAUACGGGUGUGAAGUAUGGGUUGGAUCCGAAGGUUUUGAAUGAUGUCAUCAACGCCUCCUCCGGCUGCUGCUGGAACUCCUUACACAUGAACCCCGUCAAAGGCGUACAACCUGACUCUUCCGCUUCGAGGGAUUUUCAAGGGGGGUUUAAAGUGGAGUUGGCGAAAGGUGUUACGGAUAUGGCUGUGCAGUUGAUGGAGGAGGUUGGGGCUAAACAUGUUUUUGGGGAUGUUAUGAGGGAUGUUUUUGCGAGGGCGGUGAAGAGUCCGCUUUGUGCUGGGAUGGAGAGUAGGAGUGUUUGGAGACUUUUUACGGUGGAUGGGGGGAAGGGGUUGGGGAAGACGAAGAUUGAGUGAUGGUUUGUGAGAAAGGUUGGAGGGUUCUUAUGGUGGAUCGAUUUGAAUCCCGCGAUGUUCGAUCAUGAUCUUUGCCUAAUGCUUUUGGUCGUCCUUGUAUUGGUAGGCACUCUUUCAAUUCUUGAGAAUCCGAAGGUACGCUUGUCGGGCUUGUACUC